AUGCUCCCAGUCCCAAACUCAACAGCAUCAUACUGGCGCAGCGAUCGACACUGGCUGGAUGAACACCACUCAACGGCACACCUGCCAACCGAAACAGACAUUGUCAUCAUCGGCACCGGUAUCGCUGGCGUCUCUACAGCUUAUCAUCUCGUUAAUAGUAUCAAGAAGAACGGUGAAGCACGGCAACCAUCCAUCCUCCUCCUCGAAGCACGGCAGGUCUGCUCCGGAGCGACAGGCCGCAACGGCGGACAUAUCAAGAAGUUACCUUCCACGAUAGGAGGGCUUAUCCAGGCUCAUGGGAGAUCCAACGCCGGGGAUAUUGCAGAGUUCGUGCGAGCGAAUAUCUACGCCGUCAAGCGAGUGAUUGAAAAGGAGAACAUCGACGCCGAAGCAGAAUUGAGACGCAGUUUCGAUGUGCCGUUAACGGAAGACGAUGCCAGAGUCAUAACGAGGGAGUUUGAGGAGCUGUUGGAGGAUGGGUUCCCUCUUAUGCAGGAUGUUGGAUAUGUCGGGGAGAAGUUUGCAGAGCGUAUUACUUCUAUCGACGGGGCAAAGGCAGCCCUCAGCACGCCCGCUCUAUCACUCUGGCCAUAUAAAUUCGUGACCCAACUUCUGGAGCGCGUCUUGAGUACAGGGAAUGCGAACCUCCAAACAAACACACCCGUCACUGCCAUCGAAACGACUCACAACGGCGGAUAUACCGUGAAGACCAACCGCGGAGACGUCAAAACGCCUACAUUAGUCUUAGCGACAAACGGAUAUACCGCUGGUCUAUUGCCGCAGUAUAAAAAUGUCAUUACACCUAUUAAAGGGACCGCCUCGCAUAUCACAGUCCCACCAGAUACAGCACGUCCACCGCCGUAUCUAUCGAAUACGUACAAUAUACGCUAUGCACCCAAUCGGGUUGAUUAUCUGAAUCCCAGACCGGAUGGAGGUAUUGUCGUAGGUGGCGGGAAAUGGACGUACGAGGGACAGAGGGAGCUUUGGUAUGAUGUCUACGAUGAUUCUACGCUGAUUGAACCGGCGAGACACUAUUUCGAUGGGCUCAUGCAGCGCCAUUUCCGGGGGUGGGAGGGUAGUGGUGCUACGACGGAGAGUGUUUGGACGGGGAUAAUGGGGGUUACGACAGACAGCCUACCCCAUAUUGGCAAGGUCCCUGGCACGUCCGGUCAGUAUGUUCUUGCUGGGUACAAUGGGGGAGGUAUGACCAUGGCGUUCCUGGCGGCACUUGGGGUUGCACGGAUGAUCACAGAGGGAAUCUCAUUUGAGGAAACUGGUGUCCCUGAAUGUAUGAGGACGACCCAGGAGAGAUUGGAUGGGUAA